ACGAAACUUUCCUGAAUUGCACAAUUCAUGUGUUUUAACUUUAUAACUUUUUUCAUGUGUGACAUACAAAUAUCCUGAUCAUAUACAAUGUCAUUUGAGGUACAACCACGUGUGAUAAGGCGUCAAAGACGUGCAGUUAGUGAACACGAAUAUAAACCAAGACAGGGUCGGCACUCGCGUCCCCUCUCUUACAUUCCGAUGAAGGUAUUCAAUUCGCCAGACGCAUCUUCGUCUUUAACAAAUUUAAACGAACCGUAUCCUGGUAAACGUCAAAGUUCCUCCUCAAUGCAGUCAUUAUCUAUAGAAAUGAUAGAGCCGAACCUGGACGAUACAUUCCAUAAAGAGGUAGCAGAGAAGACCCAGAUGUAUUUUGUAGGUAAAAAGGAGGCAGAGAUCGAGGUUCGAAUUGACAGAAUUGUUAAAAAAGCUGGAAGCAAAGACAAAGCCCUGUUGUAUGUUGUUUCAAAGAUCGACGAUGAAAAUGAGGUACAAAUUUUGGUGAAUACCUUACUAAAUAGAGGUGCAAACCCAUCUGCAAGUAAUACAAAUCUGAAGACAGCACUUCAUUUUGCUGUCGGCAAGAAUUUCAGGGGUGUUUGUAAUAAAUUAUUAGAACACGGUGCUUAUCCCAACGCCCGAGAUAAAAAUAAGGAAAUGCCUUACACUGUGGCAUACAAGAAAGAAAACGACACAAUUGCUUCAAUGUUGAUAUCGUAUAUGUCAAAUUCAGAGGUUCGACGAUUGUAUUCAUCAGAUGGCACUUGUCCGUCAGAAUUUAGCUUUCAUAACCUUAUGAAUAAAGAUAUGCAGAAAACUAUUUUAGCAGUAUUAGAUUGUUUGAUAGAAGAACAACUUCCAAGUGGUAAAAUGAUAGUAUAUUAUCAUAUCUUAGAAUCAGACGAAGAAGGGCGAACACCUAUACAAGAGGGCUUUAAUAAAGAAUCAAAAACGCCUUUACAGAUGAUAGCGAAAAGCGGUAACAAGACGUUAGUUUACCAUGAUAUUGUCAGGUUGCUUAUAAGAAGGAAAUGGAAGGAAUAUGCCAGGAAAAGAUUUAUAGUUAACACUGUCCUACAUCUAAUUACUCUGCUGGCCCUGACAUUCUCUUCAGUGGUGGCUGUUUCUGCACCGGAUCCUUUAGUAUAUGAUACAUCUUUACAGGUUUUCAGGGCAAUAUUUGAGGUUUGGACAUGUGUAAUGUCACUUGUUACGGUAUGCUCCGAAGUGAAUCAAAUAAGAAAACACAAGAAAGACUACUUUCAUGAUCCAUUUAAUUAUAUCGAUUUGCCCUCCUCUUUGCUGAUAUUAUCGGCCAUUCCGCUGAGAGCGUUAAAACUGAACGAACAAUGGCCCGUACUGUCUGUUGCAUUUUUGUUUUGGGUUUUACGAAUUUUCAAAUAUGCAGCAGUAUUAAGACAAACUGGUGCUUAUGCUCAAAUUCUUUGGAGGGUUUUAAGACAUGAUUUUAUACAGUUUACUUUUGUCUUCCUUGUUAUGUUGUUGGCCUUUAGUGGUGCUUUUAUGUUAUCAUUGAAAGGAGAACAUUCCAUGGAAAUUCAUAGUGAAACAAGUUCAUUCUGGAAAAUCCUUUUCCUUGGAGUAAGAAUUCUUAUAGAAGCUGAAAGAAUCAUUGAAUACUCAGAGCUAAAGCCAAUGAGCUGCAUUAUUAUGGUUAUGUUCUUAUUCACAUGCUGUGUGGUUUUGUUAAAUAUACUAAUAGCACAGCUUAGUGAUACCUACCAAAAUGUUCAGCAGGAUGCUCAAAGAGGUUUAGAGGUUAAUAGAGCAUGGAUUGUUGCUAGAGUAGAACUUAAUAGUUUAUACUUAGGAAAGAAUCAUCGAACUACUCAUUACAAAGAAAGUGAAGAUAUAAAAGAUGUGAGAGAAGUUCUUGAGAGAUGGGAAACACCACCUUUGAAUGAGAUGAAUAAACAUAUACAAGACAUUUAUGAUAGCCUCGAUUCCCAUAAAAUGAAUUUAUUAACAGUCCGAAACAGACUUGCUCGUCAGGAAUCAACCCUUGGUAAAAUCCAAGAACAACUGGAAUUACUGAUACAAUUACAAAAAGGAAGUGAUAAUCAACGUGAUUCACAGCUUUCAGAGAUUUUACGUGAAGUCGUUGAAGACGUCCAGCCUAUCAAAAAUCCAGUGGGAAUCAAUCAAAGCUAGACAUUCUAUGUGACAAGAUACAAUUAGUAUCCUUGUUUUCAGAACAAUAUAGCAGAUGAAACGCCUUACUUAAUAUUUGGUGGAAAAUUGUUUUCCUUGGGAACAAACUGUUCACCUUGAAAACUGUUUUAUUUAUACUUUUAUAUCUACUGACACAUGUAUUUUUCUUAUUGUCUUAAUAGUUAUGUGUGAAUCCUGUGUAAGAUAUAAACAAAGCGGUUGAUUAUGUGACCGUGGCUGAGAAAAUACAUUUUGUAGGUCAAAAUGAGAGUGAAAAUUAUAUUUUUGGGAAAAAAACAUUGAACUGCAAAAUUAUUUUAAAUUUCUUGUGAAGUUUACAUUUCAUGACGUCAAACACGCGAAGAAAUGCAAGUGGUUUUUAAAUUUGAUAGAUUAUGUUUGUGCUUUUUUUGGUAAAUAUUUGUUUGUUUUGAGAUUGUUUUGCUGUACCCCUAUUUUGACUAUUUUACCUAUUAUGUCUGUUUUGUUUACGCAGCGUUGUAAAUAUUCAGGAAUAUGACAGUUGUUGUCCAUUCGUUUGAUGUGUUUUAUCCUUUGAUUUUGCCAUUUGAUUAGGGACUUCCGUUCUGAAUUUUCCUUGGUGUUCAGUACUUUUGUGAUUUUACGUUUCUAUUCAUAUUUUCAGGUUUGUUUUUUACAUGUUUUUAAUGCUAUUAAUGUGCUUACUAUGAAUACAAAGUGUUAUGAUGAUAUCUCAGCUGGUUUCGAAAAUACAGCAUUUUCAUAUUCGGCAUGUACAUGUUUUUGCGUACAAUAAUACAUAAUCAGAAAAAAAACGGAAAUUCAAACAAAAUGCUGAUUAAUUAUUUUCUUUGGAAAAUUGGAAUGUUGUCUAAGUGUUCCAAUCAAUAUUGUUUUAUCUUGAAAUCUCAAGGCUUGGAUAUCUGUCU